GAGAAGAUUGACUGGACGCGAUCCUUCCACGGUCUCUCCGCAGAGCCCUUCCCCAAAGAAGUCGCCGAUAUUCUCCUCGCAGAGACCAGCGCUGAGGAAGUCGAGAUCAAGCCCGAUGGCAUCUUAUAUCUACCCGAGAUCAAAUACCGCCGCAUUCUGAACCGGGCGUUUGGACCCGGUGGAUGGGGCCUGGUCCCUAGGAGUGAGAGCAUUGUUACCCCAAAGACGGUAACGAGGGAGUACGCUCUAGUAUGCAAUGGGCGCCUCGUCUCCGUAGCCCGCGGCGAACAAGACUACUUCUCCCCCGACGGAAUCCCCACUGCGACAGAAGGAUGCCGAUCCAACGCACUGGUGCGGUGCUGCAAGGACCUAGGAAUCGCAAGUGAGCUAUGGGACCCGCGAUGGAUCCGCAAGUUCAAGGCCCAGCAUACGCGCGAGGCCUUUGUCGAGCACGUAGUGAACCGCAGGAAGACCAAGAUCUGGCUUCGCAAGGACGAUCCGGUUUCUUACCCGUGG